AUGAAGUUGAACGCGGACGAAUUGCCGCAUGUAUUGCCUCUAGUUCAAGGCGCCCUCAACCAACAGCCGACGGACCGGCUGGGACGACUUGCGCAUGUGACAGCGCUUACCAGCCUGCCAGCGAAAACCCCGCUGGAAGUUUACGUCGCAGACUGGCUUGGUGACACCGGUCAAAAACAUGUGACCGACUUCAUGCGGCGCUUGAAGAAAUGCACCGCAACGUUGCGAUGGGAAGCAGCACCAAGUGACCGAAAAUCCCAAGUCAAGUUUGCGGGUUUUUCGGUCAGCUAUUUUGUGCUUCUCGGAACGGUCGUCGACCGCCCGACAAAAUUGGCCCUGCAUUAG